GCAAUAUGUCGUCAGGUACCACGGAUUCGGCACGUAGUAGUAGGGUUCCCGGAGCGGAUGAGCUGAUUGAGUCCGUUGCCCAGUGCAAGAUGCCGCUGGGCGAUCAUGCAGAUAUUCAAGUCGUCUACGAUAUGAUUGAUGCAACCAUCUGUGCAGCUAUUAAAAUAAUCCAAUCUGAUCCGCGUGGGCUCUUUUGCUACAAGUACCCGGUGACAUUUUACAAUUACUCCGACAUGCAGGGACCGAAUACACCCUCAAUGAAUUUAAGCGAGGCGUCAAGUGAUUUCGUGCAGCAGUGGCUGAAGAUCGGUGAAUUUGAGUAUAACAAUGUGUUGGCUGUUAUUCGGGACUUUAUCGCCAAAUGGCAUUUGUCGCCAAAUACGAAAUGUGUGGUCCUCACAAAUAAUCGACAUCACCAUGUGCCUCUGAAGGGUUCCAUUUACUUUGUCGAUGCUCACUUCUCGCGGCCCACGCAACGCUGUCCCAAUCCCUUGGCCGUGGCCAAGAUUCGAUUCAUCAUUACUGUGUCGAGUAUCAUGCAGAGUUAUUAUCCAGUGAUGAUAACAUAUCGUUUCGAAGGAUUUCGCACGCUAUAUUAUGCUGUGGGUGACCGGGCGAUUCCAGCGAAUACAUUUCAAAGAUUUUACAUUGACACCAUCUUGCAUAACAAGUUAAGUUUCUAUGCGGAGAUCUGUGAGUGUCGUCAUGGUACCACCGACAAGCCAAAGAAUAAUAUUGCUGACAAGAAAGAAUGUUGAAUAUACACAUACGUAUAUUUCCAUUAAACGAG